UACAAUUUGUUAGUCUGUGGUGUAGUGCGCGUAGUUAAAUAUAAUUCAUAUUAAUCUUAAUUUAAUAUGAUGUUAUUGUAUUUCAUUAUGUUGAUAGUUUUUUUAAGUUUUUAUAAUAUAUACAGAUAUUACAAAAAACUUAACAAUAGUUCGUCAGUGCCAAUUAUACAUGAUACAUUUUCUUUAUUUAAAAAUAGAAUUUAUAGAAUUAAUUUGAUAGAUUUAUUUAAACGAAUCCGGAUAAUUGGAGAACUUACAAAUGAGAGAGGUGGAGUUACUAAGUUUUUCUUCGGACCUCUGGCGAUACAUGUCGUUUCUUCACCAAAAGAUGCGUCUACAGUUUUAUCAGUUUGCAUGGAAAAAAUGUUCCUCUAUUCCAUGAUUGAACCAUACGUUGGCUGUGAGCUGAUAGCUGCUCCUCUUUCCGUUUGGAAGACCAACCGACGUCUUAUCGACCAUGCUUUUAAACAAAGCGUAUUAGAUGGAUACAUCGAAGUUUUUAACAAACAAUCUGAACGCUUAGUCGCUGCGAUGGCUGAGAAAGUUAACAAGGAAUUCGACUUCUCAGAAAUUAUAACAAAAAAAUUGUUAGAAACUGUUUGUCAAACAAUGAUGGGUAUUGAUGUUAAUAAUAAAGAUGUAAUCACUGACAAUUACGUAAAGGCUAUCAACAGAGUACUACAAAUAUUAGUCGCAAGGUUCACGCGUCCUUGGCUAAUGAUUGAUUUUAUUUUCUAUUGGACUUCUUUAAAGAAAGAACAGGACGAGUGCUUGAAACUAAUGUGGAAUUUAUCUGACCAAUUAGUUAAACUGCGGAAAUCAGAACAUAUUAAGAGACUAAAAAAUAAAGAAAAAAUCCACGAAAAAGAAAACAGAAUACAAAACAGCUUAGAUAUUUUAAUCGAAAAUACCGUUACUGAAGAUAACCAAAUACUAUCGGAUCUGCAAAUAAGACAAAUUAUUGAUAAUCUCCUAACCGCUGGUUUCGACACGACGUCAGCGCAAAUAAUUAUCGUUCUCAUAAAUAUAGGAAGCCAUCCUGAUGUUCAAAAGAAACUUUAUGAAGAAGUAAUCAGUGUAAUGGGUGACAAAGACAGGCUGAUAUCCAAAAAUGAUUUAUACAAAUUUACCUAUUUGAAAGCAGUUUUAAAAGAAUCGAUACGUUUGUAUCCGAUUUCACCGCUGGUAGCCAGGAAGUCUACCACUAAUGUACAAUUGACUAAUUACAUAUUGCCCGCCGGUUGUAAUAUAUUAGUUCAUCUUUGGGCGGUGAACAGAAACAAAAACUAUUGGGGACCUGAUGCUGACGACUUCCGACCGGAACGUUGGUUCGAUGACUCCGUACCAUCACACCCAGCGGCUUUCGCUAGUUUUUCACUGGGACGAAGAAAUUGUAUUGGUAAAUCAUAUGGGAUGUCGUUUAUGAAGAUAGUUGUGGCAAAUAUCGUUAAGAAGUUUAUUUUAAGCGCUGACGAAAAGAAACUUGAACUUGAGUAUGCGAUAUUGCUAAAACCAUCCAGUGGAAAUUUGAUAAAAAUUAAGCCAAGAUAAAAAAAUAUAAAUCAACAUUGAAAGUAAAAGUCGCCAUAGCUGUUCUGUUCAACAUAACGAACAAAUAAAGAAU